AUGUUUAAAAUAAUACUCUCUCCGAUAAUCUUAAAUGGUAUACUCCAUCUAUUUGAGCACCCGGCCAUACAUAUAUACACAGUCAAGACCCAAUCCUCCCAGAUUCUCCAACAAAGUCAAUUCCCCAUCCACCAUAGACACAGAAAGACAGACCUUCCCCUAUUCUCCAUCUUCAUCUUCAUCUUCCCCAUUAAGCUAAAACCACCACCACUCCCAUUACAGAGCUGCCCGGCCGCCAUGGACAGAGAGCAAGAAGAGAUGCAGUUCCUGGGCUUCUUCGGCAUCCUCAAAGAAUCAUGGAAAAUCCUAACCACGUGGCCCAAAAUCUUCUCCCAAAUCACCCUCUCCCUCAUCGUCCCCCUCGCCUCCAUCUACCUCGCCCACAUCCAGAUCUCCCACCUCCUCUUCUCCCACAUACUCCUCAACCAGGACGCCCUCGACCGUACGCCGCCGGGAUCCAAAGCCCGCCGGAGAAUCUCCGACGUCCUCUCCACUGAGCUCCUCACCUUCGCGCUCUUCAAGGCCGCCUACCUCGUCUUCUUCGCCGUCCUCGCGCUCAUCUCCACCGCCGCCGCCGUCUACACCAUCGCCUGCAUCUACACAGCCAGGGAGGUGUCGCUCCGCCGCGUCAUCACCGUCGUGCCUAAGGUCUGGCGCCGCCUCCUCGCCACCUUCGCCUGGAACUUCCUCAUCGUCUUCGCCUACAACGUCGUCUCCUUCCUCCUCCUCGCCGCCGCCGCCUUCGCGCUAUUCGCCGCCCCGGCGGCGGCGGCGGCGGCGUUCCUGGCGGUGUUCGCGGCCCUGUAUUUAGCCGGGCUGUUCUACAUCAGCCUGAUCUGGCAGCUGGCGAGCGUCGUGUCGGUUUUGGAGGAGAGGUACGGGCUGGCCGCCAUGGCCAAGAGCAGAGCUCUGAUCAGGGGCAAAAUGGGGAUUUCGUUUGCGGUCUUUUUUGUGCUGGGGUUGUGCUUUGUUGGGAUUCAGGUGGCGUUUGAGGUUCUGGUGGUGGUCGGCGGCGGCGGGGGGCGGGGGGUUGCGGCGAGGGUGGGGUACGGAAUAUUGUUGGUGGUGGCGAUGGCGGCGGUGAUGGCGGUGGGGCUGGUGGUGCAGACGGUGGUUUACUUUGUGUGUAAAUCGUAUCACCACGAGAAUAUCGAUAAGUCGAGCCUGGCGGAUCAUCUCGGGGGUUAUCUGGGAGAGUAUGUGCCGCUGAAGUCGAAGGACGUCCAGCUCGAGAACUUUGAGGUUUGAUCCAUCCAUCGAUCGAUCCUGACCGUCGAUCAUUUAAAUUGUGAGAGAUACGGCAGACACUGAUUUUUAUUUUUAUAUGGAAAUGUGUAUAUGAUUUAUUAAUGUUGGUAUCUGUGUACUAGUAAUAAUAAUAAUAAUAAUAAUACUAAUACUAAUAUGUGAGAGUUGCGAUAAUUAAAAAAGAAUAGUCAAAGUCUAUUUAUUAAUUACAA